AUGGCUAAUUACACGUUGGCCCCGGAGGAUAACUAUGACGUCCUCAUAGAGGGGGACCUGAAUGACGACGAAAUAGAAACGUGCCACCCAUACGACCCCAAGGUUCUCUUGAGCCGGGUGGUCCCCAGGCUCUUCAUCCCUGUGCUCCUGGCUGGACUGCUGGGCAACAUCUUGACUGUGCUCAUCCUGGUGAAACACAAAGGACUCAGGCGCACGGAAAAUGUCUAUUUCCUAAACCUGGCAGUUUCGAAUUUAUGUUUCUUGUUCUCCUUGCCUCUCUGGACCUACACCGCGUCCCAUGGGGGGGUUCUGGGCAGCCCCGUGUGUAAAACUCUCGUCAUAUUUUCCUCCAUAGGCCUGUACAGUGAGGCUUUUUUCAACGUCCUUCUGACCGUGCAAAGGUACCUGGUGUCUUGCAACACGAGAAGGUUUCCCCCGACCAGGACGGUGCGCUGGAACAUCGCCUCGACUGUUCUGGCGUGGGGCCUGGCCACGCUGGCCAUUUUGCCUGAAUCCGUGUUUUACAAACCUCAGAUGGAGAGCCAGAAAUACGAGUGCUUUGUUAGCAGCCCUCCCUUCCUGCCAGCUGAGGAGACUUUCUGGAAGCCUUUUCUGACCCUGAAGAUGAACAUCCUGGGCCUUCUUUUCCCACUGUGCGUUCUCACGUUUUGCUACACGCGUUUGCGAAAAACGCUGAGCUUCAGGGGGAGGAAGUAUGACCCUCACAAGCUCGUGUUUGCCGUGGUGGUUGUUUUCCUUCUGAUGUGGGGCCCCUACAAUAUCGCACUUUUCCUGUCCGCGUUCAGAGAGCGUUUCUCCCUGCACGACUGUCAGAGCAACUACCACCUGGACAGAAGCGUUCAGAUCGUGAGGAUCGUCGCCGCCACCCACUGCUGCGUCAACCCCGUGCUCCACGCGGUCCUCGACACCACGUUCCGAAGACACCUCUGCCACCUGUGCUGUCUGCGGGGUGACAGUCCGCUUCGGGGCGCUGAAGGCUCCGCACAAGACGCAUCAGUGGAAGAACAUGACGAUUUCACCAGAGUGUAAACAGGCGUCCGUCAACGGCGGGAUAAAUAAACAUCGGGUUUUGUAUCGAU